CCUGGUGUUUCAAAUGUGAAACUGCAUCUUGAGUGUUUGCAUCCUUGACUUUUUACAGUCAUUGGUUUGUAUCCACGGUUACGUGAGCUCUAAAUCAAUGUAGUUUGUCAUACGUAAAAUUAAGUUUCCCUACGUUUUAACAUUUAUUUUGAGACCUAAUGUAUAUAAAGAUUGAAGCCCUGUUGCAGUUCUAAUAACUAUAAAGGUAAGUGCUAGCAUUAUAUGCGUAGCUUUUGACGUUGUAUCAAGGAUUUGCAACUUUGUGCUUGUUUUUUAAACUAAUUUCUGUGCUAGCUGGCUAGCUAGCUUUACUUCCAUUGUGUUGUUAGCUAGAUUCAGUGUUUGCCUUUAUGAAUGGGGAUAUGUUAGUAGGCCUACGUUGUGAAAAGUGUAUUUAAUCUUGUUUUAAUGCUAUUUAGAUGCAGACAGUGUUGUGAGUCUCAAGAUCCCCUACUGGCCUAUCUUACUUGAUCAUAGACAGAGAAGACAUCUUAAGGCUCCAGAGAGACUACAGAGACUCAACCAGAGAGAAUACAUAGAGAGACUUAACUAGAAACAACAGUAACCAGACAGAGGAUCCACAAGAGAGAAACAAGCUUACAGAGACUAGAUACAGGAUCCAGAGAGACGAGACAGAGAACUAAGAGAGAGCUGAGUUAUGGAGACACAUCACUGUGACACAUGUGGGAAGAGCCUUUCCUCAUCCAGUAACCUCAAGAAGCACAUGAGGAUCCACACUGGAGAGAAGCCCUACAGCUGUGACAUCUGUGGUGAAACCUUUACCAGGUAUAGCAGUUUAACAGUUCACCACAGAAUCCACACUGGAGAGAAGCCCUACAGCUGUGACCUCUGUGGUAAAACCUUUAGGCAUGCUAACAAUUUCACAGUUCACAGCAGGAUCCACACUGGAGAGAAGCCCUACAGCUGUGACCUCUGUGAUAAAACCUUUAGCAGUGCUAACAAUGUCACAGAUCACCGCAGGAUCCACACUGGAGAGAAGCCCUACAGCUGUGACCUCUGUUUUAAAACCUUUAGACUGACUGGGCAAUUGACAGUUCACCGCAGAAUCCACACUGGAGAGAAGCCCUACAGCUGUGACCUCUGUGGUAAAACCUUUAGCAGUGCUAGCAGUUUCACAGUUCACAGCAGAAUCCACACUGGACGGAAGCCCUACAGCUGUGACCUCUGUGGUAAAACCUUUAGCCACGCUAGCAAUCUCAGAGUUCAUAGCAGGAUCCACACUGGCGAGAAGCCCUACAGCUGUGACCUCUGUGGUAAAACUUUUAGCCAUGCGUGCAGUGUCACGGUUCACCGUAGAAUCCACAUUGGAGAGAAACCCUACAGCUGUGACCUCUGUGGUAAAACCUUUAGCAAUGCUGGCAAUUUCAGAACUCAUAGCAGGAUCCACACUGGAGAGAAGCCGUACAGCUGUGACCUCUGUGGUAAAACUUUUAGACUGACUGGGGAUUUGACAGUUCACCGCAGAAUCCACACUGGAGAGAAGCCCUACAGCUGUGACCUUUGUUAUAAAACCUUUAGACAGGCUGGCCAUUUCAGAGCUCACUGCAAGACCCACACAGAAGAGAAGAUCUAAGCAGCA